AUGUCUCGGAGUGCAUUUUUGAUUUUCCUCGGUCUGACUUUGUGCUUCGCACAAACCGCAUACUCGCAAAACGUAACUGGGGCAGAAGAACUGUGUCAAUUGCCGCCAAGACCCGGGAGCGGGAAUCAGACCACUGAACAACUGACCACCGAAGGCGAACAGACAAAUGUCACUUCUGUACCCAUAGUGCCGUUGCCCGGAGGUGGAAAUGGGACAACCGAGUAUACGACUCAAUAUGUCCCGGAUUUGGGCAAUGGUACAACCGCAUAUCCUCCACCGUUCGUGAGUGAGAAUCAGACAACCGAAUAUUACCCGGAAUUAGGAAAUGAUACAACAACGGAAUUUCCACCGUACUUUGGUAAUGGAACAACCGAGUUUCCGGGUGAUCUUGGGAAUGGCACAGAGAGCUACCCGGAGGACAUUGAUCCAGGUUUCGGUGUACCUCACCCGAACGGAACAUUCCCGGGCUGGUUUCCAGGACACAAGCCUACUCGACCAUGUUUUCUAAAGGACAGCUGUUGGUUUAUCCUUUUGACCUAUAUGCGAAUUAUUGCUCACCUAUUCGUCAAAACCGGUCACAUCAUGAUGGAUUCUGGAGAUGCGAUUCAAAAGCUUUUGGUAGAAUAUAAGCAACGGGGUGUGCCCACGGCAUAA